AUGCCGCAAGCGCAGCAUCCGAUCGCCACGAUCGCCUUUAUCGUAUUCAUUAUCUGGCUCGUCUUUCCUGAGGGCGACUACUCGAGCCAGUCUCUCACACUGUCUGACCUGGCCGCGGAGAGACUGGGCCGCUUUCACGAUGCGCUCGACGUGUUGAAUGCCUCGCGCUGGGGGGACUUUACCCCUGCUCCAAAGAAGGGAUCCAAGUCUAAGCCUUCAUACUUGAAUCUUACGGGGUUCCGCGAGGAGGACAAGUUUGCUUGGAAAGACCUGAAUCGGUUUCGUGAGAGGAGCUUGGAAUUCAGUCGACAUGCCAUACCGCCGGUCGGUGGCAAGAAUCUUUGGGAUGCUGGAGAGGGAGAUGCAGUUUGGAUGAAUGCGUCAGGGACAGUCCACGGUGAGUGGGUGAAGCGCAAAGGUUCUGUGGCUAGAGGGUAUGACAGCUAUAACCUCACCAAAGCUGUUCCCGGGAUGGAUUGGAUUGGCGAUGAGGUCUCUUGGGCACGCAACAUUACUGGCACCUCUGGACGAAUGAUGCUACGACUCGAAGGGAACAAGACGGUCAAUGAGUACGAACAACUACCAGCCCAAACCAGCACACCUGUCGCUGGUGGUCUCAUCCGGAGUGUCAAGGGCACAACGACCAUUGAGGAUACGUCGGGUUCAGGCCAUGACUGGGAGAUGAAGCUAUGGGGUGUCCAUUGGCCACGACAGGGUGUCAUACUGAUGACAACCACGAGCGAAAAGUUCGAGGGUAUCUUCGGUCUACCACACCUGGCACCGAGUGAAGACUUCUUUCAGUCCAGCCAGAGACUACUCAACCAGUCGAUCGCCCGAACUAUUGCUCGGAAGGAGGAAAAUAUCUAUGUCGACCAGACGGUUCCAUGGACAUCGGAUCUUGAGAAUCCCAUGUAUACCACCAACCCGUCGCCUCAUUGCGAGUACAUCAUGUACGCCCAAGUCUACCCACCCAGUCGACAACACUUCAACCUGGACCCGAACGAGCCAACCAGAGACGCCAUGGAGUCAGUCAUUGGCGCAAUUGAAUCGGAGUUACAGUCACCGGUGGGCGCGCCGAUUCCCAAGAUUCCCAAGCUCCAGAUAUCUGCCGUCAUCUACUCUCCGGACUGUGGGUUCUUCCUCGAAACGAAAGGACCCCCUGACUUUAGUCCCAGUGAGGCUCAGCAUCUCACCGGCCAGAAGAUGGAGGUGCAGAUUUACCAGGUCAAGACGUGGAUUCUAGUCUACGCCGUCAUCGUCUUUGCGCAAGUCAAUCUACUCAAAAACCAGAUGAGAGAGUCGUGUACUCCCUCAACUAUGGGUCGCGUCAGCUUCUGGACCAUUGCCACGAUGAUCAUGGUUGACGGCAUGACCUUCACUGCCGCUGCCACAUGGGUUUCUUCAGCUGCUGCUACAUUCUUGCCCACAUUGGCACUCCUGUUUGCCGCGUUCCUAUCCAUGACCAUCGGCGGCAGCUUCUUGGCCAAGAUCCAUGAAGUUCAACUUCCCGAGGCACGUCCGCGUCGUGACCGGGACCAGACGUCGAGCACAUCCACCAGCAGCCCCGAUAGCACGCCGGCCUCGGCCACCCCGGAUCCCACCAGCACAGGCACCGGUUCACUCCUCCCGGCCCCCGUCACAGCAAGGCAGCCAGCGAUACGCCCGCCGCCGUCUCAGCCUAUCAUUGUCCCAUCUGAUCAGGACGUUGAUGCCGAGAUUGCCGCCUCCGCAACUCCAGUGCCUGGGGCUACAACAGCCGAACGCACACCCCCUCCUCCCCAAUCAUUCCAGAGCAUCAUCAGCCGCCUUAUACUCACCUCCUUGUGUAUCAUCUUCUUGGCUAUCUCCUCCUCAACUUGGUAUCCCAGUCUCCGGUCCCUCUUCCUCAACCUUUGCAUAUUCUUGUACUGCUCGCUUUGGAUACCCCAAAUCUACCGCAACACCCGCCGCAACUGUCGUCGCGCCCUCACAUGGUCCUUCGUCCUCGGCCAGUCUAUCCUCCGUCUCCUCCCUGUCGCCUACUUCUGGGCCAAGGAAGACAACUUUCUCUAUGCCAGACCCGAUCGCCAUGCCUUCCUCGUCUUCUGCGCAUGGCUCUGGAUUCAGCUCAUUAUCCUCGCUGCCCAGGAUGUCAUUGGUCCACGCUUUGGUGUUCCCGCCGGCUGGACCCCGGAUGCCUGGGACUACCACCCCGUUCUCCGAGAAGACGGCCUCGAGGCUGGUGGCUUACCCAUUGGCCUUGUCGCUGACGAUACCCCGGGUAUCGAGCGGGCUCGCUCCGGCGACGAUGGCACGCAUGUCUUGAGGGUUGGAUGA